AUGGCCACAAUUCCUUCAUCACAAUACGGAUUCUUUUACAAUUCAAAAGUUGGGCUUAAGUUGAAAGAAGACCUCCCAGUUGCAAAAUUGCUUCCAGGACAAGUUCUUUUAAAAGUUGAGGCUGCUGGUUUAUGCCACUCCGACUUGCACAUCAUUUACGAAGGCUUGGAUUGUGGAGAUAAUUAUGUAAUGGGUCAUGAAAUUGCUGGUACCAUCGCUGAUGCUCUUCCAGGCGUUGAUGGACAAUUUUCUAAUCUCAAAGUCGGUGACCGUGUUGCUUGCUUUGGUGCAAAUGGUUGUGGAAACUGUGAAUUUUGCAGAACUGGAAAAGAUAAUGACUGUGUUAAUGCCUAUGCCAACUGGUUUGGUUUAGGAUCUGAUGGUGGCUACCAACAAUACUUGCUUGUGAGAAACCCAAGGAAUUUGGUUCCAAUUCCAGAAAACGUCGAAUUUGCUGAAGCUGCCGCUAUCACAGAUGCAGUAUUAACUCCAUAUCAUGCUAUUCGCUUAGCAAAUGUUACACCGGUUACAAAGUUGUUAAUAAUUGGAGCUGGUGGUUUAGGAACUAAUGCCAUUCAAUUGGCAUGUGCUUUUGGAGCUGAUGUAACUGUCUUAGAUAAGAAACAGAAGGCUUUAGAUAUCGCUAAGAAAUUAGAUCCACAAAUUACUGCCUAUACAGAAUUGCCUAAUGACUUACCUGUUGCUAUAUUUGAUGUCAUUUUAGACUUGGUCGGUAUCCAGGCUACGUUUGAUCUUGCACAGAAGUAUGUGAAAUCAAAAGGUAUUAUUGUUCCUGUUGGGCUUGGCAGUCCUAAUUUGAAUUUUGAUUUGGCUAGCUUGGCCCUUAGAGAAAUCAAUAUUUAUGGAUCAUUCUGGGGUACAUCUCAAGAUUUAGCAGAAUGUUUUGCUUUAGCCGCCCAAGGAAAGGUUAAACCUCAAGUCCAUACUGUUUCUUUAAAAGAAUUACCUACCUAUAUCGAAAAAUUGAGAAAUGGUCAAUAUGAGGGAAGAGUAGUAUUAAUUCCAUGA